UGACAACGGAUUCAUUUCUCUGUUUCUUGCAAUGUAUUCUACAGUGCUUUUGUUCGUCACAUUUUUCUAUCCGUGCGCUUCAAAAAACACUCUGUUUCUACCUCAAUUAAUGCCCCUGGGCUGUUAUUAUUGAGAAAAUACUAAUGUUUUGCCGGCAUUUUGAAUUUUCUGCAUCCUGAGAAACUUCCCUGUGCGUGACUGAGGUGGCAGAUGAUCGCAGUUAAUCUCUGAGCUGUUUUACAUGAUUGUGUAUUCUAAUGGAUUUACAAAGCAGGCAUGUAGUAGUAGCAAAGUUUAUUGGCAUGACAUGGAGUUGUGGCCAAGUGGCGCAGAACCUGACAUAUAAAAGUUACCCUCGUGUCCGAUUAAAGUGUUCGUUUGCAAAUGCUGUUAAAUCGAAACCUCAGAGAGUAAGGAUACCUUAUGGUCUCAGCAUCAAGUCAGAAAUGAAGAUUUGUUCGCAGUGGAGUCAUGCUGGUAUGCUUCGCUCUUUUACUUCAUCGGGUAUAGGAGUACCUUUUGGACGUGAGCUUUCCAACUACAGAAAGCCAACAACUGUUUCUUAUAAUGAGUUAAUGGGUGGAGGUUCAUAUUAUUUUGGUAGUACAACCAGGUUAUUUUCUAAAUAUGCCAGAGAAGGUUCCGGACACAAGUUUUUGUGGGUCAAAGGUCUGGCCAGUGGAAAAAGCUAUUCAUCGAAAACAUAUAAGAAGCACCCAAAGUCACCACGGUUGUUUGCCGCCCAAAACACUGAAGCAUCCCAAAAUGAAUUGGCAAGUAAAAGUUCUAAAGGCAAUGAAGCUGUUUCAGGAGAUGUCAAAUUGUCCUCUUUAUGUGACACUAUGACCAAUGAGACUUCCGUUGACAUCAAAGGUACACAAGCACCAACAAGCAAAGAUAAAGUGAAGCGGCAAUCUAGAAGCAAGAAAAAGAACAAUCAAUCAUUGAGUGCUAAUGCUCCUAAGGCAGCAGACAUACGGAAUAGCUCCACAGCUAAGCAUAAAGCAGACAAGACCAACGAUAACAAAAGUAAACAAUCUCAUACAUCAUUAGAGAUUAGUUCAACUUCAAGUGCUCAAAAAGAAACACCGAUUAGUAAUACUUCAACGACAAAGGCUGUUGCAGUGAAGGCAGCAAGUAUAUCUGUUAAAAAAGGAAAAGGAAACAGCCGUUCUAAGCCAAAGCCAAAGUCUGAUGAGGAAUCUGCAGUGCAAUCCGUUCAACACAGCAGAACGAAAUCUCAACAUAACAAAACUUGGCCUCAAUUAUAUCCACCUAUUGCUAAAUCUGUUGUGGUGGUUGAGUCUGUUGCAAAGGCAAAAUUUAUUCAAGGAUACCUUGGAGAAAUGUUUGAGGUUCUGCCGAGUUAUGGUCAUUUCAGGGAUUUGGCUGCAAGAUCAGGGUCUGUACGACCUGAUGAUGAUUUCAGUAUGGUCUGGGAAGUCCCAUCAUCUGCCUGGUCUCAUCUUAAGAGUAUAAAAGUUGCAUUAACUGGAGCAGAAAAUCUUAUUCUUGCGUCUGACCCUGAUCGUGAAGGGGAGGCAAUUGCUUGGCACAUCAUUGAGAUGUUGAAGCAACAGGAUGCUUUGCGUGAGGAUGUGAUUGUUGCAAGAGUUUCUUUCAAUGAAAUAACUGAAUCUGCCGUUCAAAGUGCCCUCCAAUCUCCUCGAGUUAUCAAUGCAGAUAUGGUUCAUGCCUAUCUAGCACGAAGAGCUCUUGAUUACUUGAUUGGAUUCAACGUUUCGCCAUUGUUAUGGAGGAAAUUACCAGGCUGCCAGUCUGCAGGACGAGUCCAAUCUGCUGCCUUGGCGCUUAUAUGCGACAGGGAAAAGGAAAUUGAUAACUUCGAACCCCAAGAGUACUGGACGAUUAAUGCACACUUCCAGAAGAAAGAUCCAAACUCAGCCAACAGUGUGUCUCUUCUGCCACAUUUGUCUCAUUUCGAUUCCAAGCCAGUGCAACCUUUGUCAAUCAGCUCAAAUACAGAGGCAAAAUAUAUUGAAGAGAAGAUCAAUCUAUCUGAGUUUAAAGUCAUUGACACUAAAGCCAACAGAAUCCAAAAAAAACCUCCGACUCCCUACAUAACAUCAACACUCGAACAAGAUGCUGCAAACAAAUUGGGCUUUUCCGCUUCACAUACAAUGAAAAUUGCUCAGAAGCUAUAUGAAGGUGUUGAAUUGCCAGAUGGUAAGGCUACAGGACUAGUAACUUACAUUAGAACUGAUGGUUUACACUUAUCGGAUGAAGCUGUAAAGGAUAUCCAGUCUUUUGUUCGGGAAAGGUAUGGAGUUAAGUUUGCAGUAAAGAGUCCAAUUAAAUAUUUCAAGAAGGUGAAGAAUGCCCAGGAAGCUCAUGAAGCCAUUAGACCCACUGAUAUCCGAAGACUGCCAUCCGUGCUUGCUGGGUUGCUCGAUGAAGACUCCCUGAAGUUAUACACGCUCAUAUGGGCUCGGACAAUGGCAUGUCAAAUGGAGCCUGCUGUUAUUGAGCAGAUACAAUGUGAUAUUGGAAAUUCUAAUCAGUCCAUUAUGUUUGGUUCCUCAUCCUCAAGGGUGGAAUUUCCGGGUUUUCAGGCUGUUUACAUGGAUGCGGAAACCACACGAGUAAGAAGGCAGGAGGCUGAUGAUUCUGAUAAUAAGGAAGAAUUUGAGAUUCUGAGUAAUCUGCAACGCGGGAAACAGUUAUCCUUGAUAAAAAUAGUAACCGAGCAACACUAUACACAGCAUCCGCCCCGUUACUCCGAGGGAUUAUUGGUGAAAAGGCUGGAGGAACUUGGGAUGGGAAGGCCUUCCACAUAUGCAACCACUAUUAAGGUGCUGAAAGAUAGAAAAUAUAUUUCUUCGAAAGGCAGGACAUUACAUCCUGAAUUUCGCGGUCGCAUGGUGUCUGCAUUUCUCUCACAUUACUUCUCCGAGGUGACAGAUUAUAGCUUCACUGCUGAUAUGGAGACCGAACUGGAUAAUGUAUCUGCUGGAAUAACUGAAUGGAAAGGCCUUCUAAAAGAUUAUUGGACUCGAUUUAGCAAGUAUUGUGAGAGUGCCAACAAAGUCCCUGUUCUUCAGGUGGAGAAGGUUUUGGAGAAAGCAUUUGGCAAAACCUUGUUUUCUUCUCUCCCCGACGGAGAUAGAACAUGCCCGAGUUGCUUGGUGGGGACAUUGGUUUUCAAAGUGAGUCGGUUUGGUGCUGGAUAUUUCAUUGCUUGUGAUCAACUCCCACAGUGCAAGUAUAUUGCUAGAACUCUCUAUGGCCAAGAAGAAGAUGAAGAAGAUGAUCCCGAAGACAAGCAAAAAAGUAUGGAGGAGCCUAAGUUGCUCGGUCUGCAUCCAGCAACAAAUGAGAAGGUUCUUUUAAAGUGUGGUCCAUUCGGACACUAUGUGCAGCUUGGUGAAGAUCGAAAGGGAUACCAACCUAAGCGAGCCUCAUUAGCUCAUAUCAAAGAUGUGGAGUCAGUCACCUUAGAAGAUGCCUUUGAUUUGUUGAAGUAUCCGAUUACCUUGGGGAAGCACCCAGAUGAUAACCAGCCAGUAAUUUUAAGGCUUGGGAGGGUCGGUUUUGUCAUCAGACAUCGGCGCAGUAUUGCUCCCGUACCUAAGAAGUUGAAGCCUACUGAGAUAACAUUCGAGAAAGCCUUGCAACUACUGAAGGGUAAAGAUGUGAGGAGGUGUGGUCGACCAAAACGUGAACCUGAGGUCGAGGAGGUUGUCGAGGCUAUGUGAGAUGAGCCCGGUAUGUUUUCAAUUUUCAUACCUCUCUUGUACAAAUUUUGUAUUUCCAUAGGUAUAUAUACAUACAUGUGUGUUGUGGUGAAUCUCGUCGAUAAUAAUCUUGAUGAAGUCUUUUUGAUAGCAAGAGAUUUUGAAAGUGUAAUUCAUAAGCUGUAUUUUAGGGAUUGGUCAUGGGAUUUUGAGAGCUCGAUUUUAAUCCGUGUUUUGGAAAUACUCAUUGUUUCGACAAGAUGAACAUCAAAUGAUAUUGCUUUGUAGCAAUUGAUCAGCAUUGUGUUUGAAGC